CAAGCUCAUGGGAAGCGCUCGCUAACUCGGCUUCCGGAGAGGGUUUUCUCUGGCAGUCGGUGGCGUGGGGACCCGCAAACUCUGGAGCCCCGCCGUAGCCGCGCGCGGGGUCUGUGCGCCCUUAGCGCGCAGUGGACUUGGAGGAGGCCUGUGAGCGUCCGCUUCUCCCUUCUGCUAUUUCCUGCUGACUUUCUGUAAUCUUGGGUUCUGGGAACGUGAGUUACUGGGACUGUGAAGUUUUGGUUACCGUGGCAACCGCCACGACGAUUGAUUUCACAUUCAGGUGUUACUUCAAGCUUUUGCGCCGAACGGCUGAAUUUGAUUUUUUGAAAGCUUAAUCCGGAUGGAAGGCAGAGAAACAGAAUUUGAGGCAGCUCUUGGGAGAUGGCCCAGCAGGUCGUAGAGAUUACCGUCAAGCCAGUUGCCUGAGGAUUAACAUGUACUGAAGCUAACUGAUACUCUCGAUUUGGAAUAAAUAUGAGCAAAUUCCGUGACGAAUUGACAAGGCUUGCGGUGGCAGAGCGUGACAAGAGAGAAGCUUCUGUGUUAUCUAAUCCUGGAAUGCAUUUCCCAUGGCUUCAGGAGCGCAUAGAAACUGUCGUGACCGGAGGGAAGAAGAAGAGGGAUUUUACUCAGACAACAAGUGCUUGUUUAAGCUUCAUCCAAGAAGCCCUGCUGAAGCACCAGUGGGAGCAAGCUGCAGACUACAUGCACAGCUACUUACAGACCCUGGAAGACUCGGACACCUUCAAGAGACAGGCCGCCCCCGAGAUCAUUUGGAAGCUUGGAAGUGAAAUUCUAUUUUAUCAUCCUAAAAGCAAUGUGGAGACUUUUAAUAACUUUGCUGACAGGAUGAAAAAUAUUGGCGUCUUGAACUAUCUAAAGAUCUCCUUACAACACGCGUUGUAUCUUUUACAUCAUGGAAUGCUGGAGGAUGCAAGCAGAAACCUCACUGAUGCAGAGGCAUGGCGGUACGGUGAGAAGUCGUCCUCUCAGGAAGUGCUGAUCAACCUUGUCCAGGCCUACAAAGGGCUUUUACAGUACUACACGUGGUCCAGGAAGAAGAUGGAGCUGUCAGAGCUGGAUGAGGAUGAUUAUGCUUACACCGCAAAAACUCAACACAUGCUCAGCCAGAGCUGCAAGACGUCUGCAAGUAUUUCUGCGUUGCUCAAAACUCCCGGGGUUUGGGACCCUUUUGUGAAGAGUUACGUGGAGAUGCUAGAAUUCUAUGGUGAUCAAGAUGGAGCCCGAGAAAUACUCACCAAUUAUGCGUAUGAUGAAAAAUUCCCCUCAAACCCCAAUGCCCACAUCUACUUAUAUGAAUUUCUGAAGAGAGAGAAGGCACCAAGAGCGAAACUGAUAAGUGUUCUUAAGAUUUUACAUGGGAUUGUGCCUUCCCAUCCACUGAUGUUAGAAUUCCAUACAAUGCUUAGGAAAUCAGAGACAGAAGAACACCGGAAGCUGGGCUUGGGCGUAUUAUUUGAAUUCCUUGAUUUUGCUGGAUGCACUAAGAACAUAACUGCCUGGAAAUACUUGGCAACGUAUCUGAAGCAGACAUUAAUGGAAAGCCAUCUGGCGUGGGUCGAAGAAGAGUGGAAAUCUAGGAGAAGCUGGUGGCCGGCCUUUCACUUCAGCUUCUUUUGGGCAAAGAGCGACUGGAAGGCAGAUGCUGACUUAGCUUAUGAGAAAGCUUUUGUAGCGGGAAUCCUUUUAGGAAAAGGUUGUAGAUAUUUUCGGUAUAUUUUGAAACAAGAUCAUGAAACCUUGAAGAAGAAAAUUAAGCGGAUGAAGAAGUCUGUGAAAAAAUACAGUAUUGUAAAUCCAGGUGUUCGCACCUAGACGGUAAGCUGCUGUGCAGCUGUUACCACAGUGUGAUCUCAGUGGUUAUUGAAUGUGAGUGGUUGAUGUUUUAAGAUGGCUUUUCAAAUUAUUAUAAGCGUGUGCAUACACACGUACAUCCACAUGUGUACAUGACAGUUGUGUCGUGUCCUUACUCAGGAGCCUUGCUUUGAGACAGAUCUCUCUCCGAGACCCGGCACUCACCUCUUAGGCUGGUUGACCAGUGCGUCCCAGGGAUUCUUCUUAGCUCUGGGAUUGUAAUUGUAAUUUAUUCAUUCAUUCAUUCAUUCAUUCAUUCAUUCAUUCAUGUGUGUGUGUUUAUGUGUGUAUGCGUGUGCAGAUGACUGGGCAUGAGUGUGGUGGAGAAUGACUUGCAGGAGUGGUUUCCUCCUUCCUCCGUGUAGGUCUCGGGGACCGACUGUGGCGGUGAGAGUGCGGUGCUGUGUUCAACUCGUGUCUUAGUGGACUAUUUCCCUGGCCCUUUAUUUAAUUAUUUUUUUAAAUAAUUUAUUUUUACUUUACAUGCAUUGCUGUUUUGCCUAUAUACUUUUCUGUGUGAGGUCUCAGAUUCCCUGGAACUGGAGUUACAGACAGUCGUGAGCUGCCAUGUAGGUACUGGGAAUUGAACCCGGGUCCUCUGGAAGAGCUGAGCCAUCUCUCCAGCCCCCUAUUUCAAUGUUUUUUAUAUUUCAUUUUAUUCUCAGUUAUAGUUAAAAUAAUUUCACUGCCUUUACUGUUUGUAAAUGUAUAAACCUGUAUUUUUUCUUUUUUUGUAACAUUACAUGUAUAUUUUACUUGUAUUUUAAUAAAUAAAGCUUGCCUGAAAAUCUGACAGUAAAACAGCCCCACUGAUGAGCCUUAUCGACCAGGCCGUGGUAACACACACCUUUAAUCCCAGUAGCCACACUAGUUUGCCAUAGUAAUGGGAUAGCAGUGGUGCACACCUUUAAUCCCAGCCCUAGGGAGGAAUAUAAGAUAGGAGGACACAGUUCUCAAACAGUCUCAUUCUGAGAUUCCUGGAGGCAGGAUCGCCAUUUUCGGACUAAGGUCAAGGUAAGAGCCAGUGGCUUGGCUGAUUUGCUUUUUGGAUAUUCAGGUUAAAACCCCAUUUCUGUCUCUGA